GAAAAAUUGGAGACGCUCCUCGAUGUCACACGGUUUCCCCAGAAGAUUGAAAUCAGAACGACUACUAAGCUCAAUUCAUCAUACUAGUUAGUAUACGAAUCAGAUUUCGCCGAAUUCAUCUACGUACUGCUGUAAGACUAACCAUAUAUCAUACUUAUAGUUACGUGACAAUAUGCCUCUUGCGUCUUCAGCGUCGUCGGCCUCGCGGCCUACGUCAAGGGGACGAAGCAACAGUCGUGGUCGGAAAAAAGGUGCGCCUCCCAAUCCAGCGCGGAAAUGGACAAAAAAGCAACAGCUAGUGGAGGCCUACGUUUACGGCGGCUACCUGCUAUUAGCUUUUGUCGAAUGUGGCAGUAAUAGAUAUAGAUCGCUACAAAAAGCCGGAGUAAUUAGAUGACAUGUAGAUGGAGAGUUGAUCAAUAUUCUGAGGAAAUCGAUAUAAUUAAGUCUGAUAUUUUUGAAGAUGUUGUAUGCAGUCUACGUACUUGUUGUUCUGCUUCGCAGUAGUUUUAGUGUGACUGUUGUUCUAACUCAUGCACUCGUACAAUCUCGAACGCACACUGAACGAGAUGAUGCGGCACGUUCUCGAAGAGAAGUCGGACAAUCCGAAGAUGAGCAUUUACGAUUUUUGACUGAAAUAUUAUGUGUAAAUGUAGUUUCACUGUUGCACCAGCUCGUCUGGUCCUUUAAGUUUUGUAGAAGUAAGGGACUCACUGUUGAAAUUUUUACAAACAUGAUGCUGAAUAGCAUAAGAAGGUCGAACUAGAACCAACAAGCAAAGGCCCAUCUGUCGUAUUCUGAACGAGUUUUCGUCCCCUUUUUCAUAUUUUGGUGAAAUUUCUUCACGGGAAGCUUUCACCAGAGCAGGCGUCCGGCAUUUCGAAAGUGUGGGCGGACAUGAAGCAGACUCGCGGAAAUUACAUCUACUACAGCGACCCUGAGCGCAUGGCGCGUCACGCGCAGGGGUCAGUACAGCAAGUCAUACCACUUAUGCUGGGACCUUUUGUUGGAGUAAGUUGCGGAGUAGCUCUAGCUCACGCAAGUUCUUGUUUUAUUUCUAAUAUGAGAAAAUUAGAAGGCGACGUUGUUGUCAUCAAAUUACAUAGUUCAAACUCAAACUCUACGUUUUCGGGCCUCUAAUACUACGACAGAACCACCGGCAGGAGCAAGUGCUACGCAAGAAGAUGGAGCAACUGAAGAUGCUGCCGCUGGAGGCGAGACCGCAGAAAAAAGCGGCACAAAGAGCACCACGAAAUCGAAGAAGAAAGCGGUGUCGCAGAUCUCGACACGGCAGGUUCCGGGGCCCAUGAGAUACGACGGAUUAGAAAGUGGCACAGACACUGGUCCUACUAAUGCGGUAGAAGAGUUGACCCCGCCAGAUGAAGCAGCUGGAGCUGAAGCAGCUACUAAAGAGAAGGCAGCGGACGAAGCUGUUCUUGAAGAGGGACAAGCAGCGCCUACAGAAGAUGCGGUUGUAGCAGAUUCUGCAGGCUCGGAUGCUGCGGACAAGAAGGAGGAAGAAGCCGCUGCAGAAACGAAAGAGGUGAAAAAAGAGACAGCACCAGCAGGAGCUAGCUGGUGAAUCGUGAAAACGUCUGUUUAUUUGAAGAGCAGAUUGACCCAUCGUAGCUAGAAGUCGACGAGAUUUUAGUCGAGGGAAAGAUACCGAUUUACGUAAAGCGCGAAAGGGAAAUCCUGUGCGGCACGAAGAAAGAGUAGGAGACGAAGAACCACGCUAAAAACAGUCUGGACAGAAUCCAAGAAAGAAUUAAGGCAAACAGCUACACCACAUCAUGG